CUGAAGAUACCAGAACUGGUGAAGAAAAUGAAUAGGAUACAUUUAAACUCAUUAUUUCAAAAAUGUAUGAGAUCAGGAAUGACAAAAGGUUUGCCAAUGUCGACGUCAGCGACUGUUACAAGAGCUACAGCAGAACCGAAUUUUCCAGAAAUGAAAACUUCAGUUCCAGGACCAAAAUCUAAGGAACUAAUCAAACAACUUGGAACCAUACAAAAUUCAGACGCUGUCCACUUCUUUGUUGACUACGACAAAAGCUAUGGAAACUAUAUUGUAGAUGUAGACGGAAAUACAAUGUUGGACCUGUUUACACAAAUAGCGUCGCUGCCCCUCGGUUAUAACCACCCGUCUAUGUUAGAAAGCAUACAGAAUCCAGAUAAUAUUUAUGCUUUCCUAAACAGACCAGCUUUAGGCUUUUACCCACCAGGUGACUGGGUGACAAGACUGCGUUCAUCAUUGCUUGAAGUUGCACCACCAGGACUUUCGGAAGUCAUGACAAUGGCUUGUGGAUCAUGCGCAAUUGAAAACGGACUAAAAGCAAUGUUUAUUUCACAUCAGGGGAAAAUGAGAAAUGGUCGACCACCUUCUCCAGAAGAACUGCAGUCAUGCUUGAUAAACCAGUUUCCUGGCUGUCCUGAUCUCACAGUGUUAUCCUUUAAGAAUGCACUACAUGGCAGAACAAUGGGUGCAGCGGCAGUUUCACACAACAAAUGGACACACAAAUUAGAUUUCCCAGCUCCAGAAUGGCCAAUAGCUUCUUUCCCAAACAUGAAGUACCCAUUGGAAGAGAACGUUCGUGAAAAUGAAGCUGACACAAAAAGAUGUUUAGAAGAGGUUGAAGAUUUGAUUGACAUUUGGAGCAAGAAAAACAGACCAGUUGUAGGAAUAAUUACAGAACCCAUCCAGGCAGAAGGAGGAGACAUUUUCGCUCCUCCAGAAUUUUUCAAAGGUCUUCAAGAAAUAUGUAUCAAGAACGAUAUUUGUUUCCAAAUGGACGAAGUGCAAACUGGAUGUGGAGUGACUGGCAAAAUGUGGGCACAUGAGUACUUCAAUCUUCCUCAACCUCCCGACAUUGUUACAUUCAGUAAGAAAAUGCUGACUGGUGGAUUUUACUAUAACUCAAAGUUCAGACCUAAUGAGGGAUUUCGAAUUUUUAAUACAUGGAUUGGUGAUCCUUCUAAGGUUAUCCUCCUAGAAGCCGUUGUAAAAGUGAUAAAAGAACAACAUCUUUUGACAAAUGCCAACGAUACAGGCAAACACUUCUUUGAUGGAUUGUAUGACUUACAGGAUAAGUAUUCAAAUAUACUUAGUAAAGUUCGUGGACUCGGUUUAUAUGGAGCGGUGGAUUUUCCAGAUCAGAAAACACGUGACAUUGUUAUGUUAAAGCUGCGUGAGAAAGGAAUUCACACAGGAGGUUGUGGUAGUAAAACAAUACGAUUUCGACCAACUCUGAUUUUGAAGAAACACCAUGCAGAUAUUUUCCUCGACAAAUUUAAUUUAGUGUUGGGAGACCUAUCAGUUGACUCAAGGGAUAGGCAAUUCCAAGCUGUCUCUUAAAAUUUUAUGUCAUUCUGAAACUUUUACAAAUAAGACUCAUGCAGCAC